AUGCAAAGCGAUGGGACGGACUUCGUCGAUGAAGAUGCGCCGAUCAAUAACGCCGCUUUGGACCCCACAUUGGGCCAGGAAGACCAACAGCUUGUUCGCGUCGUUCUCCUGUUGAUCGUUGCCGGAAAAGUCACUUGGUACGCGCAACUUCACCAUCUCGGUGUCAAAACCAAAGCCGGUGUGCCCACAGGCUACUUUGCCAAAGUCGUCGCAGUGGUUGGCAAAUCUCAUCCAGCAGUUGACAUCGAUUCUCGAGACGAAGCGUCGGUUUCCCGAGUUUACCAAGCCAUUCACAGUGCAUCCACCAUCGCGGUCCUCAAGGUCAUAUUUACCGGCAAACCAUUCGUCCAGGAUCUUCAACACAUCGUCCGAGUCCCAUCUGCUGGCGGUUUUCCGGAAAUUUCGAUCGACACGGAUAUAAUCCUUCGCCAGAACGGACUCCAAGCCGGUUUCGCAUCACUUUCCGAUGUGAUCGCUGCCACCAUGCCGGAAAUCACUAUCACUUACCAGACCGCUCAGGCCCACCCAUUUCGCCACAAAAUCUCUUCCAACUAUAUCUGCGGUCCCAAUGUCAACAACGUCGACAGAUUCGAUAAAGAACCGUACUCAGUUCUGAUCAGUGCUUGCACCAGCGUCAUCCAGGUUCUCCGAGGAAAAAGUACGCUUGACAGAGCUCAAAUCUUCGCGACACCCUCCGAAGAGCAGGAUGGUCAUGAUCCGAAGUGGCAUAAACUCGUCAAAGCUUACUCCGUGUUCCGCGUGAAGAACUUCGGAAACGCCGAUGACUUUCUGGCGAAGGUGACCGGCGGACCGCUCGGGGCUGUUCCAACGGUUCUGAACCAGUCGAUGAUCAACGCAUUUCUGACCGCCGGCAUCACACUGUCCACAGGCGAAUGGGCCCGUCAGACGGAUAAAAUCAGAGCUCAAGCCGGAGAGGCAGCGGAGCGAAUUCAGGGAGGCCACGAUGCCGACAGCGACGAUGGCGACAACGAAGACGAUUACGCAGUUGCACCUGCUCAAGCUGCAAGGAACAAUGUCGCAGCGACAGAAUCGCUAAUCUCAUCAACAUUUUUCGCGGUGUCUAAAGAGCCCAAGACGGCCAUCAAGGACACAUUCUGUGCAUCGUAUUUCAACUCGUUCGUUCAGAUCUCUCUGCCACAUUCAUUCAGGGCUCUUUAG